AGGGCAGGGUGUUUGUUCCAGUUUGAGUGCGCAAUCGCGAGGAGCUGGGCAGGUGAGACAAACCUGGACAACUUGCAGAGAGCUGCUCGCCUCUGGUUGCACCGCUCCCGCUUGGAUUUUAGCUCUGCCCCGGGGAGAGAGGAAAUGGGAACGCCGACCAGGAGAGGCUUCCACCGAAAAGAAGUGAACAAGACACUGUGGGAAGUGCCGGUCAAGUACAUCGAUCUCAGCCCGAUAGGAAGUGGGGCGUACGGCAGUGUGUGCUCAGCUGUUGACCAGAAGACAGGGGAGAAAGUUGCUGUGAAAAAGCUGCACCGCCCCUUCCAGUCUUUAAUGCAUGCCAAGAGGGCAUACCGUGAACUGCGACUGCUUAAACAUAUCAAACAUGAAAACGUGGUCUGUUUGCUGAAUGUAUUUUCACCAGAAGACUACUUGCAGACAUUCCAGAGCUUUUACAUGGUGAUGCCAUUUAUGGAACAUGACCUGAGUUACGUCAUGAAGAAACAGAAGCUCCCUGACAACAUGGUGGUGUUCCUAUUGUACCAGAUACUAUGUGGCCUGAAGUACAUCCAUUCUGCUGGGAUUAUACACAGGGACCUUAAACCAAGUAAUCUGGCAGUGAACCAGAACUGUGAACUAAAGAUUUUGGACUUUGGGUUAGCUCGUCACACUGAGAUGGAGAUGACAGGCUAUGUAAUUACUCGCUGGUACCGACCCCCAGAGGUUAUCCUGAACUGGAUGCAUUACAGUUACUCAGUGGAUAUUUGGUCGGUGGGAUGUAUACUGGCUGAGAUGGUCACCAGGUCUGUGACCUUCCCUGGAUUUGACCAUUUUGACCAGCUGAAAAAGAUCAUGAAUGUAACAGGAACACCACCAAAAUACCUGGUGGAUAACAUGAACAAAGACGCAAAAACCUAUGUCCGUUCCCUCGCACCUCAAGAGAAGAAAAAUUUCAAGCAAGUCUUUCCAACAAUGAAAAUCGAAGCUGUCGAUCUGCUGGAAAGGAUGUUAUUUCUAGAUCCUGAUAGGAGAAUAACAGCUGGCGAUGCAUUAGCCCAUUCUUAUCUCAGCGAGCAUCAUGAUCCAAACAAUGAGCCACAAGCAGAACCAUACGAUGAUUCCUUUGAAAGUCUAGACCUUAAGGUUGAAGAAUGGAAAAGCCUUCUUCACAUGGAGAUUACAACUUUUGACCCAGAUAACCCAAGACAAAUGGCAACCUGAUACAACUCGGUCAUUAGUGGCAGUACAUUCAUAACAAACGAAUCUCCAAUCACGAUGUCUUAGCAUGGGUUUAUCGCGUUUGUCCCAUGGGUGAUUAGUGCAGCAUUGUUUCAAAAUUGUUAUGGAAGGCUUCAGUCACUAGAAAUAAAAAAACAACUAAAUCCACUCUGGUCAUUUAAAUGUUCAGUGAACUGUGGAACCUCCUACUGGCCUCGCUGUUCCCUCUACAAAAAUGAAGCCAAAUGUUCCUCAACACUACUUUCUAAUAUAAAACUUUGCUUCUUGGCAAUUAGCAUUAUACCCAAAUUUGCCAAUCUCCCCUGUUAUUUGGAUCUAUCUACCAUUUACCAUCUCUUGCUCCACCUCUUCCUCUCACAUCUUUCGUUCAGCCAUCUUCCCUCAACUCCAGCCUUGAAAGAUCCUGACCCAAUCGUCUGUCCUCUUCCCUCCAAAGAUGCUGCUUGACCUGCUGAGUUCAUGUGGCAAUUUGCCUUACAAAAUUCCAGCAUCUGCACUCUUGUGUUUCCACGUCAAAUGAAACCGAGUGUCACUAAGCACUACUUUCCAAUAUAAAAACUUUGCUUCUUGCCAAGUAGCAUUAUACUUCAAGUGAACUUUUUUUUGUUGUUGUUGUUUUGUUGUGGCACAAGAUGGGGAUAUCUCAAGGUUCAUUUUAAUCAACAUCAUCAAUACAUUGCAUUUUGAAGACGCCCAACAAACCUCUGAUAACCUGGCACUGUGCCAUUUGGUGAUGUCAAACAGCAGGUUUUCUAGAUUAAUGGCUGAAUUUGAUGGAAACGGGUCCUUCGGCCCACUGCCAACCAUUUGCUCAUCCGUUCACACUAGUUCAAUGUAGUCCCACUUUCAUAUCCACUCGCUUCUCAUUGGGCCAAUUAACAGGGCAGCAAUGGUGCUGUGGUAGAGUUACUGCCGUAGUGCCAGAGACCCGGGUUCAAUCCUGACUGUAAGUGCUCUGUGUGCAGAGUUUAUACAUUCUCCUUGUAACCACAUAGGUUUUCUCUUGGAGCUCUGGUUUCCUCCCACAUCCCAAAGACAUACAGGUUAAUAUGUUAAUUGGCUUCAGUAAAUUACCCAUAAUGUGUUGGACAGAAUUAGUGUACAGGUGACCGCUAGUUGGUGUGGGCUUGCUGGGCCAAGUCCAGCUGUUUCCAUGCUGUAUCUCUAAAGUUAUAGCCAAGAAAAAGGCCCUUUGGCUAAACCUGACCACACCGACCAACAUGUCCCAUCUACACUGGACCACUUGCCUGUGUUUGGUCCAUAUCCCUCUAAAUCUGUCCUCUCCGUGUACCUGUCUAAUUGCUUCUUAAACGUUGCGAUAGUCCCUGCCUCAACUAUCUCCUCUGGCAGCUCAUUCCAUAUACCCACCACCCUUCGUGUGAAAAAAAGUUACCGCUCGGAUUCCUAUAUAAUCUUCCCCCCUUCACCUUAAACCUCUGUCCUCUGGUUUUCAAUUUCACUGCACUCCGGGCAAAAUAUUCUGUGCAUCUACCCACUCUAACCCUCUCAUGGUUUUAUACGAUAAAGUCUAACUUAUAAACCUGCACGUCUUUGGGAAAUGGGUGGAAACUGGAGCACCCUAAAGAAACUCAUGGGCACAGGGAGAACAUGCAAACUUCACACAGACAGCACCCGAGGACCGAGGUCUCUGGCACUGUGAGCCAGCAAUAACAAAUGUGCCACUGUGCCAGCCCCUGUUCCUGUUAAUAUACCCAAUGCUUAUUUCUGUGCAUCAAUUUAAAAUAAGAUUUAAUACAUGGCCCAGCUAACCCAGUAAAUUUAUACGGUUGCAUGAUGUCAGAAUAGAGCACGGCAAAUAUCACCGAAUCAGAAUGCUUUAUUGUCAUUGCAUGUGUCACAUACAACGAGAUUACUGUGUCUCUCCAUUUAAAAGAACUUCAAACAUUCACAUACUCAUACUUUUUACACUCCCUCCCUCCCCAAACCCACCCAUGGAUUCACAUUUACAUAAAUUAACACUGUCUCCCACCCCCCCUCCUUCCCCAUAACCCACUCCCGAGACAGAGUUCAGUUCCAUGAUUGCUGAUGGGUAAAAGCUGUUCUUGAAUCUGGCAAUGGGUGACUUUAGCGACCUGUACCUUUUUCCUGAGGGCAGCAGUGUGAAAAGGUGGUGACAAGGAUGUGUAAUGUCUUUCACGAUAUUACAGGUCCUGUUGCGGCAUCUGGAGUGGUAAAUGUCCUCCAGAGGGGGCAGGGGGAGUCCAAUGAUACCCUGGGCAGUUUUUAUCACCCUCUGGAGAGCUGCUCUGUCAGCUGCUGAACAGUUCCCAAACCAGGCAGUUAUGCAGUAAGUCAGUAUGCUUUCGACCGAACAGCGGUAGAAAGACUCCAGCAGUUUAGCAGACAGAUGGGCCUUCCUCAGUGUUCUGAGGAAGUAAAGUCUCUGUUGCGACUUUUUUACAACUACAGCAGAGUUCACAGACCAUUUAAGAUCCUCACUGAUGUUGAUCCCCAGAAAUUUAAAACUAGGCACCCUCUCCACCUCCUCGCCCCCUAUCUCCAGUGGCCUGAGCUCCUCUCUAUGUCACCUAAAAUCAGUGAUGAUCUCCUUGGUCUUUUUAGUGUUCAGAGAGAGAUUGUUGUGAGCACACCACUCAGAAAGUCUGUGCACCACCUCUCUAUAGGCGACCUCGUUCCCAUUUGAGAUGAACCCCACCAUGGUUGUAUCUAGUGAGCCGGAAGCUGAACAAUCAGGAUGUCCAAAUAGUCAGCUGGUGAAUGAGUUUCUGUAUUCGGUCAAAUGUAGGAUAGGUUCCCCUGCAAAAUAUACGGUAUGUGCAAAAAUCACGUAUUUCUAUUUCAACAGUGAAAUAAUUCUCUGUUCAGCCCUUGUCACAUAAUCGGAUAUAUUAAGUACACAAUCAUUGACAGUGCGUGGCUAAUUGAAGCUCACUGUGUUCUGUGCAUUAAAUCUGUUACAUUUGUUUAAUGCGCAGAAAGACACAAAAAUCUGGAAUAACUCAGCGGGUCAGACAGCAUCUCUGGAGAAAAGGAAUAGAUGACGUUUCUGGGUCGAGACCCUUCAUCUGUUUAUUGUUUGGAUCAGAGAACCAGCAUAAAUCUUAUCAGUAAGUGAUAAGCAGUUGCAAGUCCAAAUGUGUAUUUUAAACUUGAGAAACAAUUUAGCUAGCUUACACUUUUACAAAGGACCGGGCUUCAGUUCAUGCAUGUGAGAACAUCAUGCAGUAUCAGUAUUUCACAGGGCAAAUAUAGAAAGGGGAAGACUUAUUAGGUUCUAAGAUAGACCACAAAAAGCUGGAGUAACUCAGCGGGUCAGGUAGCAUCUCUGGAGAAAAGGAAUAGGUGAUGCGAUGACAAUUUAAAACUUUUCCAACUUAUUAUUGCCAUUACUACACAGGCAGGGAGGCGUGGAAUUUACACAGUCGAUAACAAAAAUCAAAUCCUCCAGUUGUUCUUUCAUUGGUUUUUAUUGAAGGUGUUGUAAAUACAAAGAAGUGAACAUACCAGAUCCUCUUUAUUCUUAUCCAAACUGUAGCUUUCCGUUCUUACUAUCUGAACUGGUAAAAAACUCUAUUCCUUCUCUCCUACCCACUCCAGUCGAUCUGACCACUAGCAGUGGUUUCGCAAGUCUCAUCCGAUGUAUGUCACAGCCAUCUACAUAUCAAAAUCCCACCCCCAAGCAUACAAAAUAAUUCUGCAAGAAAUAUCUAGGUAAAAUAAUAAAAUAUGCUAACAGUACCUAGCCUAAGCAAGAAUGGCUCCUACACACCGGCCCCUAAUUGUUCUACGUAUACAAUGAAACAAUUACCAAUAGACAUUAAAAGGAGCUAUAAAAGCUUAACAUACUAUCAAAAAUAAAAGGUAUGCACUAUGUGUUGGCAUUCAAACUUCUUUAGUGAUUCUUCAAUCUUCUUUGGCUUCUUCAAGCAGACAGUUAUCGGUCUUAGAUAUGAAACAGUACCGUAGCCACUUUUGCUUGCAUUUGAAAAGCGGUGCAACUGUGCCAAUCUGAUUUGACAAAAGUUAGAGGGCAUCAUGCACCGGUCCUCUUUAAAUUCCGACAUCUUGUUGUGAUCUGCUAACCAUCCUGUCCAUCGCUGAGAGAAGUUUUGCGAUAUAUUCUCAUCCCAUCCGAGUCUUUCCUCACAGAGCCCCUGCAUAAUCAGCUUGGCUGGCAGAGUAAAUGGUGCAAGAAAUCCUCAAGGAUCGUGUAGAUUGUUUACUUUACUUACUAACCAAUGUAGUGCUUUAUUAUUGUAGUACUGAAUAAAUACUGUUACAGCAGA